AUGACAAUGCACCGGUACCCAAGAGCUACAGUGGAGAUGUGCAAAAUUGCCACAGCCUCCCCAGCCUUCGGCAGUCACUCCCCGGAUCAGUCGGUAGCCAUCAACCACCCUCCCCCAGCCAAAAGAGUGCAACCUGCUGAGAGCUCAGAUAAUGGUGAACGUUUCUCUAGCAGUGAAGAUCAGCUGCUUCUCCAAGAAGCUCUUGUUCUUUUUAGUAGGAACGAGUAUGUGGAAAAUGCGGUAUCAUUAAUGGGAUUGGAAAUUUUAAGUGCCUUUGUGGACAGAUUAUCAACACGAUUUAAGUCCUAUGUAGUAAUGGUUAUUGUAGCUUUAAUAGACAGAAUGGGAGAUGCCAAAGACAAGGUUCGAGACGAAGCUCAGACUCUGAUAUUGAAGCUGAUGGAUCAAGUAGCAGCACCUAUGUACAUUUGGGAACAGUUGACUUCUGGUUUUAAGCACAAGAAUUUUCGAUCUCGAGAAGGCGUGUGUCUAUGUCUUAUUGAAACCUUAAACGUUUUUGGGGCUCGGCCGCUAGUCCUCAGCAAGUUGGUACCACAUUUGUGUAUCUUAUUUGGAGAUUCCAACAGUCAGGUGAGAGAUGCGGCAGUAUUGGCUGUGGUGGAGAUCUAUAGACAUGUGGGAGAGAGAGUGAGGGUGGACCUCUGUAAGAGGGGGAUUCCCCCUGCUAGAUUAGAGAUGAUUUUUGCCAAAUUUGAUGAAGUGCAAAAUUCAGGCGGUAUGAUUUUGAGUGUCUGCAAAGAUAAAAGCUUUGAUGAUGAGGAAUCGGUGGAUGGAAAUAGGCCAUCAUCAGCUGCUUCAGCCUUCAAGGUUCCUGCACCUAAAACAUCCGGAAAUCCUGUCAACAGUGCGAGGAAGCCUGGUUCAGCAGGUGGCCCUAAGGUUGGAGCAGGUGCUUCUAAGGAAGGGGGUGCUGGAGCAGUGGAUGAAGAUGAUUUUAUAAAAGCUUUCACCGAUGUCCCUUCUGUUCAGAUCUAUUCUAGUCGAGAACUUGAAGAAACAUUAAAUAAAAUCAGGGAAAUAUUGUCAGAUGACAAACAUGACUGGGAUCAGCGUGCCAAUGCACUUAAGAAAAUUCGAUCAUUGCUUGUUGCUGGAGCUGCACAAUAUGACUGCUUCUUCCAACAUUUACGCUUGUUGGAUGGAGCGCUUAAACUUUCAGCAAAGGAUCUUAGAUCCCAAGUGGUUAGAGAAGCUUGCAUUACUGUAGCACAUCUUUCAGCAGUUUUGGGAAACAAGUUCGAUCAUGGCGCUGAAGCCAUUGUACCUACGCUUUUUAAUCUCGUCCCCAAUAGUGCAAAAGUCAUGGCAACUUCUGGAUGUGCGGCUAUCAGGUUCAUCAUUCGGCAUACUCAUGUACCCAGACUUAUACCUUUAAUCACAAGCAAUUGCACAUCAAAAUCAGUUCCUGUAAGGAGGCGCUCAUUUGAAUUUUUAGAUUUAUUGUUACAAGAGUGGCAGACUCAUUCACUGGAAAGACAUGCAGCUGUCUUGGUUGAAACUAUUAAGAAGGGGAUUCAUGAUGCUGAUGCUGAAGCCAGAGUGGAGGCAAGAAAGACAUACAUGGGUCUUAGAAACCACUUUCCUGGUGAAGCCGAAACGUUGUAUAAUUCACUCGAGCCAUCUUAUCAGAAGAGUCUUCAGACUUACUUAAAGAGUUCUGGCAGUGUAGCAUCUCUUCCACAAUCAGACAGGUCCUCAUCUAGCUCACAGGAAAGUCUCAAUCGCCCUUUUUCUUCCAAAUGGUCUACAGCAAACCCAUCGACUGUGGCUGGAAGAGUGUCGGCAGGCAGCAGCAAAGCCAGUUGCCUUCCCGGAAGCCUGCAGCGUUCACGAAGCGACAUCGACGUGAAUGCUGCUGCUGGUGCCAAGGCUCACCAUGCUGCCGGGCAGUCUGCGCGAAGCGGGCGGUUGGGUGCAGGGGCCCUGAAUCCGGGUUCCUACGCGUCACUAGAGGAUACUUCUGACAAGAUGGAUGGAGCAACAUCUGAAGAUGGCCGGGUGAGAGCAAAGCUUUCAGCAGCGCCCCUCGCGGGCAUGGGAAAUGCCAAGACAGAUUCUCGAGGAAGAAGUCGAACCAAAAUGGUGUCUCAGUCUCAGCGUUCGUCAUCACCUGACAAAAAUGAAGGAUCACAAUCUGCUAAUACCAUUGGUGCUGGCAGCCGGUCCGGGUCUCCAGGAAGAGUUCUGAGCACAACAGCCCUCUCUACUGUGAGCUCUGGUGUUCAGAGAGUCUUGGUCAAUUCCGCCUCGGCGCCAAAGAGAAGCAAGAUCCCACGGAGCCAGGGGUGUAGCAGAGAGGCUAGUCCGUCUAGGCUGUCCGUGGCCCGAAGCAGUCGUAUUCCUCGACCAAGUGUGAGUCAAGGGUGCAGCCGGGAAGCCAGUCGGGAGAGCAGCCGGGACACAAGUCCUGUUCGUUCUUUUCAGCCCCUCGCCUCCAGACACCAUUCCAGAUCUACUGGUGCCCUCUACGCCCCCGAUGUGUAUGGGGCCUCAGGUCCAGGGUAUGGGAUGAGCCAAUCGAGCCGACUGUCGUCUUCUGUCAGUGCCAUGCGAGUCCUGAACACAGGCUCUGACGUGGAGGAGGCCGUAGCAGAUGCCUUGCUCUUAGGAGACAUACGGACUAAGAAAAAGCCUGCUCGAAGAAGAUACGAAUCCUACGGAAUGCAUUCAGAUGAUGACGCCAACAGCGAUGCAUCGAGUGCUUGUUCAGAACGCUCCUAUAGCUCUCGAAAUGGCAGUAUUCCUACCUACAUGAGGCAGACGGAAGAUGUGGCCGAGGUCCUCAAUAGAUGUGCCAGUUCCAACUGGUCAGAAAGGAAAGAAGGCCUCCUGGGGCUACAAAACUUGCUAAAAAAUCAGAGAACGCUAAGUCGAGUUGAACUGAAAAGAUUAUGUGAAAUUUUCACAAGAAUGUUUGCUGAUCCUCACGGCAAGAGAGUAUUCAGCAUGUUCUUGGAGACUCUAGUGGAUUUCAUACAAGUCCACAAAGAUGAUCUUCAAGAUUGGUUGUUUGUACUGCUGACUCAACUCUUAAAAAAAAUGGGUGCUGAUUUGCUGGGGUCUGUUCAGGCAAAAGUUCAGAAAGCCCUUGAUGUUACAAGAGAAUCUUUUCCAAAUGAUCUUCAAUUCAAUAUUCUAAUGAGAUUUACAGUUGAUCAGACCCAAACACCAAGCUUGAAGACACUCAAGCCAGCGCUUCGGGACCAGCUUCACUCUUUUUGGAGCUCCAAGGUGAAGGUUGCUAUCCUUAAAUACAUAGAAACUCUGGCCAAGCAGAUGGAUCCAGGAGAUUUUAUAAAUUCCAGUGAAACUCGCCUGGCAGUGUCUCGGGUCAUCACUUGGACAACAGAACCCAAAAGUUCUGAUGUUCGGAAGGCAGCACAGUCCGUGCUGAUUUCCCUAUUUGAACUCAAUACUCCAGAGUUUACAAUGUUAUUAGGAGCUUUACCAAAAACUUUUCAGGAUGGUGCUACCAAGCUUCUUCAUAAUCACCUUCGAAACACUGGCAAUGGAACCCAGGGUCCCAUGGGGAGUCCUUUGACAAGGCCAACAGCACGUUCACCAGCCAACUGGUCCAGUCCUCUUACUUCUCCUACCAACACAUCACAGAAUACUUUAUCUCCAAGUGCAUUUGAUUAUGACACAGAAAAUAUGAACUCUGAAGAUAUUUAUAGCUCUCUUAGAGGUGUCACCGAAGCAAUUCAGAAUUUCAGCUUCCGUAGUCAAGAAGAUAUGAAUGAGCCGUUGAAAAGAGAUUCUAAAAAAGAUGAUGGUGAUUCUAUGUGUGGCGGUCCCGGGAUGCCUGACCCAAGGGCAGGAGGCGAUGCUACCGACUCAAGCCAAACCUCCCUUGAUAAUAAAGCUUCGUUGCUCCAGUCGAUGCCUGCUCAUUGCUCCCCACGCUCGCGAGACUAUAAUCCAUAUAACUAUUCAGAUAGCAUCAGUCCCUUCAAUAAGUCCGCCCUCAAGGAAGCCAUGUUUGACGACGACGCCGACCAGUUUCCUGACGAUCUCUCCCUAGACCAUUCUGACCUGGUUGCAGAGUUGUUGAAGGAGUUGUCUAACCAUAAUGAACGUGUAGAGGAAAGAAAAAUUGCCCUCUAUGAACUCAUGAAACUGACACAGGAGGAAUCUUUCAGCGUUUGGGAUGAACACUUCAAAACAAUAUUACUUCUAUUGCUUGAAACCCUUGGGGAUAAAGAGCCUACAAUCAGGGCUUUGGCGUUAAAGGUUUUAAGAGAAAUCCUAAGGCAUCAACCAGCCAGAUUUAAAAACUAUGCAGAACUGACGGUCAUGAAAACGUUGGAAGCACAUAAAGACCCUCAUAAGGAGGUGGUGAGAUCUGCUGAGGAAGCAGCAUCGGUGCUGGCCACUUCUAUCAGCCCCGAGCAGUGCAUCAAAGUGCUUUGCCCCAUCAUCCAAACCGCAGAUUACCCAAUCAAUCUGGCUGCAAUCAAGAUGCAAACGAAAGUGAUAGAGCGGGUGUCCAAGGACACCCUUAACCUGCUUUUGCCAGAGAUUAUGCCAGGCUUGAUACAGGGUUACGAUAACUCGGAGAGCAGUGUUCGGAAAGCUUGUGUCUUCUGCCUGGUGGCCGUUCACGCGGUAAUUGGUGACGAACUAAAACCACAUCUCAGUCAGCUCACGGGCAGCAAGAUGAAGCUCCUGAAUCUGUACAUCAAACGCGCACAGACAGGUUCUGGAGGAGCUGACCCCGCUGCUGAUGUUUCCGGACAGAGUUAG